AUUAUUAAUGACAACUCACAGACACAGAGUAGUGCAGUUUAUAAUUCCAUUUGCAAGUCCUUAGCAUUGCCGUCCUUGUGACCAAGGGCCAAUUCUCCCAAGAACUGACACCCCUGCACCACGGGUGACCGACUUCAAAGAGGGCAAACGGUGCAGAGAAGAGCAGCUGACAAGAUAAGAGGGUCCAAGAGAAAGAGCCUGAAGGUGAACGACAAGACGAUAAGCAAAAAAACCUGGAUAUAUAUCAAGUAAAGAAGAUUGGCAACAGGUCCAUCUAAAGUGGCCAGAAAGCAUUUUGUCCACCAUGAGGGGGUCAACCAGGGGAGCGGGCUGCGUGCUGGCUGCUGUGGCCAUCGUGUUGGUACUCGCGCUCGGCGUCAGGGCCCAGAGUAACGAAACGCUCAGAGAGCGCGCACUCCAGCUCAUGGCCGAAACUCCACUCAUAGACGGUCACAAUGACCUUCCCUGGCAGUUAAGGAAGCGAUUUAAUAACCAACUCAGCAAAGUUGACCUCAACACCCUUGAAGGCACACACUCCAACAUCCCCAAAAUCAAGGAAGGAAAACUCUCUGCUCAGUUCUGGGCUGCAUAUGUUCCCUGUGAUUCCCAAUACAAGGAUGCCGUCAGACAGACUCUCGAACAAAUCGAUAUCAUCCACAGAAUGUGCAGCAAAUAUCCAAAUGACUUCAUGUUUGCUACAAGCACUGCAGACAUCAUGACAGCCUUCCAGCAGAACAAGACGGCCAGCCUGAUUGGCGUUGAGGGAGGCCACUCCAUCGACAGCAGCCUGGGGACACUGCGCACCAUGUACCAGCUCGGCGUGCGCUACAUGACCCUCACACACAGCUGCAACACGCCCUGGGCUGACAAUUGGCUUGUUGACACUGGAGCAGAUCCUGUGGAGCAUCACGGCCUGUCACCGUUUGGAAAGCAACUAAUCUUGGAGAUGAACCGUAUUGGGAUGCUGGUAGAUCUGGCCCAUGUCUCAGAGGAAGUCAUGAACCAGGUGCUGGACAUGUCCAUAGCACCCGUUAUCUUCAGCCACUCGUCAGCCUAUGAAGUGUGCAAACACAAGAGGAAUGUUCCGGACAGCGUGCUCCUGAAAGUGAAAGAAAAGCAAGGGAUUGUGAUGAUAAAUUUCUACAAUGAUUAUGUCACCUGCAGUAAAACGGCCACCCUCAGCGACGUAGCAGACCAUUUUGACCACAUAUUCAAGAUUGGUGGCCCUACCAUCAUUGGCUUUGGAGGGGAUUAUGACGGCGUGACAAGGGUGCCUGUGGGGCUGGAGGAUGUGUCUAAGUACCCAGCUCUGGUGGAGGAGCUCCUGAGGAGGAACUGGAGUGAUGAGGACAUCAAGGCAGCGCUGGGAGGAAACCUCCUGAGGGUCUUCAGGAAGGUGGAGGAGGUGCGCGACAGUAUGAAGGCAACCCUGCCAGAUGACCUGCCCAUUCCCCUUGAGGAAGUGGAGAACACUUGUAGGACCAACGAUGGCUACCCCACAAUUACAGGCCAUGCUGGCAUCAGUGCCAGCCACAGCCCCUUGGCUCUGCUCAUCCCCCUGCUGAUUGCUGCCCACCUGGGAUAAGCCACAAUUGCCUUGUUACACGAGACAUUAAAUUCAGAAUUAGCUCACUUUAAUUCAGAAUUAAGUUUAAUUCCGUUUUGAAAACGUCAUGUAAACACGUCACAAUUUGGAAUUAAAUGAAAGAUCGAAGUAAAUUCAACGGAACUAUUUCGGAAUUCGGAAUUAUUAAUUCGGAAUUAAAAACAUCAUGUAAACGUAGCCAAAGAAUGUCUCGCCCCCUGUGGCUGCUCUGAGGACCUACAGUCUUCGUCCGACCCUCUGGCACAUGGCUCUGAGGAGGACGUGAGGAUAGUGAGCUCUUGACUGUGGUGAUGGGGCUUUCCAUGAUUUUGAUAUUUGGAGUAAUGUGCUAUUGCAGACCAAGAACUCACCUGCUCGAUGAAUUCUGGCAUUUUACAUUCUUCUCGAAUCGUUUGAAGCCAUCUCAAGAUCAGCAAAAAAUAAUUUCCUUAUUCAUUUGAAAAUAAACAGAGCAGUACAUGGCCGUUCAUUGCAAUGCUUUGUGCAGCUCUCAGUUCCAGGCAGAA